AUGUCUCGCGUUAAAACAAUACUUUUGGUUGCCAUUGGUGUCGUCUCUCUGUAUAUUGUAAUAGUUGUCUUUUCUAUUUCUGGUCGAGGGCGAUCAACGAUCCAUCCUACUGAGGUUGCCCUUAUACAGACAGAAGAAGUUCAUACGGAAAACGAACCAAAAACAGAGGCAAAGGUUGUUUACUUCCUCAAAGGUUUGAAUCAACAUACAUGGACAAAGAAUUGUCAGAGAAGUCUCGAACAACUUUGCAAUUUCCCAAUCUUUCCGAAUGCACCAGAUUCGCGAAGCAUCGUAGAAAAUGUCAACAUCACUUCAUCUGUAAAAGAUGUUGAUGGCAUUCGAUUACUGGGAUUUCUUCGGCCGAAUGUGACUGGUGAAUAUCUUUUCACCGUUGCAUCAAAUGGAGUUGUCGAGGUUUGGCUGAGUAAAGGCAUUAGUUGGAAAGAUGGAGCGAAAGUCGCUCAUUAUCCAACAAAGCCUCAAGAAUCUUCUAAUUUCGGUGUGAAGCUGGCAGCCCAUUCUACAUAUUACAUAGACAUAUUAUACGUAAGUGGCUCAGAGAAUAAUGACGGCGCUCAAAUUCAACUUUCAUGGAAAAGGCCGGAUAAAAAUGCCUUUGAAGUUAUCGAUGGGCAGUUUUUUGGUCGGUACAAGAAUGACAGUGACAAAGCUCGAAUGAAAGUUUACGAUGACGAUUUGCCGGACGUUCUUGCUUGUGAAUCACUACGUCUCCAGUUUGCUAAUAAGCACAUGAAGCCAGAGACAACUGCCUACUUAGAAAGCUCAGCUGUAAGCAAGGCGUUAAAUUCUUGUGAAUAUAAACCUAGUUAUCUUCUUGAUCCCGCAAACAUAGUCGGCUUUGGACAGUAUCAUGGAGUCAAUAGACAUGCCCACAAAACCUACAGCUUUCCGUAUUCAAAUGUCGACGGUAUAGGUAGAAAUACAGCCGCUGGACCAGCAUUUAUGGCUGAAAAUCCUUUAGAAGAACAAGAAGCAAGGUCGGUAGUCGAGAGAUACAAAGCUGCACUUGAGAAAAGUUAUGCCGGGUAA